UUGACCAAAAGCGACUACAAAGAAAAGAUAUGAUCAACAAAAACAAGGAAAUAAGCGCACCAUCCAUCCAGCAGCAGCAGCCCUGUCUAGUUUAACCAGAAAAGUAGCGGGAAGAGUUAAAAAUGAGCUCUUAUGUUGACAGCUCCAAUCUCAGGCAAACAACCGAGGCAACUUCUGCUAACACUAUGUUUAGUUUCGAUCUCUCUGGGCGCACGUCCAGCCGUUAUGAGGGUGUUAAUGUGAACGGGGUAUUCACUUGUCCCGUCCCAACGACCUCUGUGGAACGGGAGGAGAUGAAAACUAGCCUGCGUGGCAAUACGGAUACUCCUUUCCCGUCCAGACCACAGAUAACCAUGGUCUCCAGUAGUUCGUCCGUGGACGCAAGCGGUCUCAGCUACGGCGGCAGCACUCUGCUGGGACGAGGGGCGGACAGAGACCCGGACAGGAGCUCGAAAUCCGGAGGCAACAAGAGCCAAGAGGGCGAGAGAAACGCGGAGAACACGCAAGCGGUGAAACGCAACACAAAUAUGAACCAACGACAGGACAGUGAGCAGCAGCCCCAGAUUUAUCCAUGGAUGACAAAACUACACAUGAGCCACGAAUCGGAGGGUAAACGAUCCAGGACCAGUUACACCCGCUACCAGACUCUGGAGCUGGAGAAAGAGUUUCACUUCAACCGGUACCUGAGCCGCCGCAGGCGCGUAGAGAUCGCCCACACCCUGUGUCUAAACGAGAGGCAGAUCAAAAUCUGGUUCCAGAACAGACGAAUGAAGUGGAAGAAGGACUCAAAGAUCAAAGUGAAGGAAUAGAGCGCACUGAUCGGGCUCCACGGUUUAGGAGCCCCACUCUGCACAGUGCUGGAGAGC